AUGCCCCAAUUGGUGCCCGUUUACAAUCAGGAAAAGUCGCUGAAGGAGCAGGAUGAUACGGAGCUAAUAAAACAUCGAAAUUGGGACUUCGCCCACUCAUUGGUGAAGUUGAAAAAGAAGGGGCCUGACAACGACGGUGAUGCACAUGAUAGCAGUGUACACCUAAGAAAAAGCAACAACCUCAUGAAAAACGAAAAAGGACUGUGGGUCCCAAAAAAGGGUAUAGCGGGGGGAGAUAAAAAAGGAGAAUCUGAAAAAAAAAAAAAAAAGCAUAUUCGUAAGAAGCGAAACAAAUCGAGUAGUGAAUCUUCCUCAAAUCAUUCAAGGGUAUCAAAAUCGCCAAGCUCUUCACGAGAAUCUUCUCAAAAGAAAAGACGAAGGAAGCGAUCCGUCAGUUCAACGCCCAUCAGAAAGGGUGCCAAAAGGGAUUCUUCCAGUGCCAGUGCUGAUUCAAAGCCUAGCACAUAUACGAACAGGACUAGUUCCAGCGAAAGUGGCACCAAGAGGUCCAGCAGGAAGAAAAGAGAGGGAAAAAAGAAAAAAAUUCAUAAAAAAAGUAAAAGGGGGCACAGAAGUGAUGACAACAACGAUGAUGAUAGUUAUGAUGAUGACCGAGGGAGGGAAUACAAAAAAGAUGCAAAAGUUGCAAAAGAGGCAAGGAUGCGCCGCACAGAGGGAAAAAGAAAAAAAAAAUCGAAAGGGGAUGGCAGCGCUAGUGAAGAAGACGAUACACAUAAUGCCGAGAACGGUGAGGAAAAUGCCAAUUCACCAGAGAAAAAAAACAGCUACGAACACAGUGACGUUGACGCAAAUGGGAAGGACUCGAUUUCCUCCGAUAGCGACCUGAGCAAACUUCAAUACGUUGACAUUUCUGAGAAGGUAAAAAGAAGUAACAAUAAAUAUGAUACAAGAGGAGGGGAGGACAGCCAAAGUGAUGACGAAAAUUCGGAACCUAAAAAGGAUAAGCGAGUGAACAGACAUGAUCGUACACAUGGGCACAGUACCCGAACUCGACAUGAGCAUACGCACCAUCGUGAGAAUAGCAAUGAUAACAGGAAGGGACGAGGCUGGGAAGGAGGCAAAAGUAGCAGACACGAAUCUUACAGAUAUCACCACAGAAAAGAUGACGCGGAUGGGAGAGAAGGGUCCCUACACGAUCGAAGGAAUUACAGACAUAUGGACAGGCAUAGAGACAGGGAUUGGGACUGGGAUCGAGAUGGAGAAAGGAAAAGGAAAGAAUUGGAUUUCUCUGACCAGGAGAAUGAAGCCAAUUAUAACCAUAACAGGAAAUAUCACAGAAGACAUUAUGAUCAUCCCCAUGAUGAAAAUGACCAGGGAUAUCAUCCUAGGCAGAGGAGCCAUUUGAAUGAAUGGGAUCGACAUGGAUGGCCAGACAACAGAAGAGGACGCUACAGAAGAACACAACUAAGAGACAACUGCCAUUACGAAACGGUUGAGGAAUUGAAAAAUAAAAGUAUCCCCGAUUUUGAAAAAAGUGAAGAUAAAGGGGAAGAUACAAAUGAUAAACCAAGUGACGUAAGAACUGAAGAGAAGGCCAAAUUGGAAAACGCAGAAAUGUCCGAUAGCGAUGAGGAUGAAAUGUUGGAGAACAAGACAGUGGAAGAAAUUGAUAGGAAGCUUAAGGAAAAACUUGAGGAGGAGAAAAUUAUGGAAUCGCUGGGGUUGCCACUAGGGUUUGUUUAA